GUGCUGGGUCUGCGUAAGCGGAGAGGAAUGUCUCUUGAGCUCUCGUUUACUUGUACAAACUUUUGCAGACCAACAACCAAGAGCUGCUCAUCACCAAUGCAGGUACCAGCAUAAAAUCCAUCCAUUUUCAACAGGAUCAUGGCGUCGCCACAAGGUGAAGUGCUCGGGCAGCCUAGUGAUCUGGGUCAGGACAAAGCAGGAGCUCCAUAUUCAAAACCACCACUGAAGCCUAAACCCGUUCUUCCACCACAUCUCAGGAGCUCACAUGCCCAUGGGAAUCAGAAUCCUUGUACAAAAAACAUCUCAACAUCAGACUCUUGUCCCACCUCUCCUCCACCUGACCUCCCUUCAGCUGUAAAGCUUACCCAGCUCACUGGACCCCUGCCCUAUGGAAGUAGGCGCCCCUCCUUUAAAAGAUGGGCUUCUGGUGGGGAAAAGAUGUCAAAUCCGGAUGGUAGUCCCUUGUCACCGGUAGAAAGUCCUGUUCUCGAUGUAUCAUCCAAAGCUGCUGUACACCCUGUAUCCGCUCUUCCAAAGCCUUUUAAACCUGGCACAUCAUGGAAGGGACAUAGUCCGUUCUUACUUACAUCACGAGGAUGGGGGGAGCAAAGAUGGCAGCAUGGAAGAGAUUUCCCUGAAAGUGAUUUUGCAUCCAAGAGGCACAGUUCCACCUUAGAGAGUAAAGAAGAAACACAUGAGAACAAAAUGAAAGAUCAAGCACAAGAAAAGGCAGUAUCUGUGACAUGUGACAGCAAUAAAGAAAACCUAUACAAUAAUUCAGCUGCAAAUAAAAGGGAUGUUAAACCAAGUACAGCAGAGCUCAAUACAAGUUUAGAGGAAGUUCCUGAAAAUGUUGACAAAGUAGCUGUGUCCUGUUCUGAAUCACCUUCGACAAGCAGAAUCCCAAAACCUGUUAAAGAUACUGAUGAAACUCAAGAAACCAAUAAAGUUUCUUUGCCAGAAGCAAGGCUUUCAACAGGAGAGGUUUCUGGCAAUCUUGGGUGUACAAUGACCACUGCGGAGAAUACAGGACCUGAACCAGGUAGAGUCAGUGGACUCUCUUUAGUGUCUGAUAGUUCAAAAGGUACCAAAGUCCAUCUUACAGACACGCAGACUGAGUCCCCAAAAUCAGACAAUCUUCUUGUCAGUGCCUUAUGUCCUAGCAUCGGUACAAUAAGUAACCAGGGGAGCUUAGCUAAGCCUUCUGAGAAACCUUCUGAGGUUUCUAAAACAGUCAGUCUGGAGUGCCAGGAAUAUGGUGAUAAGCAAGCUUCGGAAUUGCAUCAAAGACUUGGACACAGUUUAACUGAUAAAGUUCUACAGUCACCAAAGGUCUCCACAAAAGUAUCUGAGCCAACACUUGCUCGAACAGCAGGCGUGGACCAACAGGAGCAGCCAGACAGACACGGGCUAUUUGAGCUAAACCAAGAGGAAAAAUAUUCACUUCCAGUGCAAAGCCCAAAGGGUGGUAAUGUGCCUUUAGCGAGUCAUCUGCAUUAUGGCAGCAGUGAUAGUCCUGAGCAGUACUUACAGGACAGGGAUGUGGCUAGUGAGCAGUACAUUCACAAUAAACCUGUGGAGUGGCACAGCCACAACAAGGACAAUGCAGAUAUGGAACAGAUACAACACAACAGACCCAUAAAGGAAACUGAAGGGGUGCAGUAUUUACCUCCACCUACCAAAGAUCACAUGAUCACUCAUGAUAUUCAUACUAUCCAGUUUGAUAAUCCAGACCUGAGUAAUGUUACAAGUGAUUUAAAAGUAGAAGAGCAUGGAGUAUUAGACAAUACAAAUGUGUCAGUUUUUAAAGACUGUCAACAAAACAAAGAGCACAUUAUAACUGAAACCUCACUGUUGGAGGAGGAGCCUGGCACUGGAUACACCAAAUGUGAUCUGGAGACAACCACUGUUACUAAUAUUUCCCAAAGGGACAUUAGUCCAGUGACCGAGAAACACACUGAUAGCAAGACAGAUGAGGACCUAGAAGAAAAGCCUGAAGACAACAACUUUGACACCAAAAGUAAAGACAAUGUGGAAGAAAUGCAUACUCUGCUUCGACUUCCAGAACAAUACAGCGAAUAUUAUGAAAAUGUGACUCCAACAUCUUUUGCCUCAUAUGAGACAACAUGUUCUAGAAAUAAUGUGGACCAGAUGAUCAAUGAAAAGGCGGGGAAACAGGUGGAACAUGAAGGUGACUUAGAUAAACUUACUUGUGAAGGAGAUAUGAGAUUGUGCGAAGAUAAGGAAAGAUUGGAUCUAAAUUGGGCAGACAACAAGGUUACUGAUCAUACAUUGAAGCCACAUCAAACACAACCUUCUGCAUAUGGAAUACAACCCCCCAAAGAGCAGCAUGAGAACUGUGCAGAUGUACAGCAGGGGAUACAUAUGGAGGAACAGACUGAAUGUGUUAUGCCAUGCAUUUGGGACAACACAGAGAAAGAAUAUUCUGUUAAUGAUAAAACCGUGGAUGUUAGUAAAACAUACCUCACUUAUAUUCCUGAGAAAGUGAAUGAAGGUUUCACAGAAAUGCAACUUGACCAAACAGAAAAAAACAAUGUGAGUGAAGCUUUUAGACAGCCAGCUGAAAAUGAGUAUGGUAAGCAGAAUGAAGAAUGCAUGGCCUCUACAACAGCAGAGGAGACGGCAGAAAUUGUAGAACCUGAAUCACAAUUAAGAUCAAAAAGCAAAGACGAAAAUGUUAUGCUUCCCUCUUUCCAUACAAUGGAUUAUCAUACCGACCACAUUGGUCAGAUAGAGGAGAGUUCAAACAAUGAAUUUGUCGAUACAAAGACACCAGAUUAUGUCAAUGCCAAACCAGAGGGUCCACAGCAAAUACAUAUGGAGAUAAAAACGCCAGUGCAGCACCAGCACAGAGAGGCAAAAGCUGAGGAGGUGCCGUAUAAGCCUUCUCGCCCAGAGGAGUUACUGCACCAGUUUAUUGAAUCAGAAGAGCUACAUUAUAAGGAGUCCAGGCACCAGUCUGCUUCACCACAAAAGAUGCAUCAUGUAGGCCCUGAAUCAGAGAGCCCAGAAAAUAUAUACAGUGAUGUAAAGCAGUCACCACCUUCUGAUGAAUCAGAGGAAACAAAAAACAAAUAUGACAAAAUGAUGGAGCCCACACAUUUCGAUAAAGAGAAGAAAAUAUGUCAUGUAUCGGAACCUUCACAUUAUGAACAUAGUGAGGAAACUGAUACUGUAGAUGCUGAAUCUGAAGAAAAACAACAUAAAUUUAUAGAAUCUGAGAAGCUGCAUGAAAGCCAUAUUGAGAAAUGGGAGCUCAACAAUACAGAAACCCAAUUAAGCCCAUCUGAAGAAAAAGAAACAGAGUUAUACAAGUUACAGUCAAAGGAUAAUGAAUUUGAGGAACCAAAUGCAUACACUGAAUCAGGUGAACGACAGAAUAGAUAUUCCCAAUCACAGGAAGUGCCGCCGUAUAAUAACCAGUCAGAAAACUUACACCAUAAUGGUCUCAUAUUAUAUAACUUAAAGCAUGGUGACGCGCAAUCACAGGAACUACAUCAAGAUGAUAUCCUAUCCCCAAAAAAUCAAUAUAGUGAUAUCCAAACACACAAAGUCGAAUGCAGAGAUUACCAACCGCAAGAAGGUGAACGUAAAGAUUACAAAUCAGAGGAAGUGGGGCACAAAGAUAUCUUGCAAUCUCAGGAAGUGGAGCAUAAAGGUGCCCUCCAGUCACAGGAAGUGGAGCACCGAGAUGACCUGCAGGUAAAAGAAGUGGAGCAAAGAGAUGCCCCAGAAUCCCAGGAAAUGGAACGUACAGAUGUCAUACAAUCACAGCAUGUAGAUCAUAACCAAGUGGAAAAACUAUCAGACCCUGAAAAUGAGUUACAACACAAAGAUAGUUCCAUAGAUGAACCAGACCAAACAGAGUCAGGGGAACCACAACUUCGCAUUAUUAAAUCACAAGAAACAUCGCACAAAGAGACUGAAUCAGACGACACACAAUAUGUGACACAGUCCUCAGACCCAGAAAAGAGAAAUUCCCAAUUAAAGGAAUCUCCACCAGAUGAUUUUGAAUUUUUAGAGGGGACUGAGAUCUUGGACACCUCCUCCGUACGAUGUAGAGCUUCUUUGGGGAGAAAGAGAUGCCAUCGAACUCCACCUCAUUUAACGUCGAACAAUGAAGCAGAGGACCCAGAGUACUGGAUGUUCAGGGAUUCCACAGAAGACCGACCUGAGAAGGAAUCAGACAGUGAGGAGACAAAAGCCAUAUCUCCAGAGUGUUCACCUUCAACAAAUGAGCCUGCCACUUCACCUGGAAAAUCUCAUGCUAAGAAGUCUGGAAUAUUUGCAGGAAUAAUGAAUCCUAAUAUUCUGAAGGGUCGCCUAAAGUCUCGCAGUAAAACCACAGAAGAGGAACCUACCAAAAAAGAGUCAGAGGAAUCAAGUUUGACACCCAAAUCAUGUAGCUCUCCAGAGAAAGAGAAACAAGAAGGCUCCUCUCUGAAUUGGCUAAGUGCUUUGAAGAAGAAGAAAAAGAAGGCGCCAAAGUGAAAUUUAAAGACGAAUUUACAACUAAUCAAGCUCCGCUCGCUUUAACCUUUGAUGUAAAGAUUACAUUUAGUUGUCUGUUAACGAAAGGCUGAGUUGAAUUGAGUUGGCCAUCGUGUGGAGUUGCCUAGACCGUUUUAAGUUUGUUACCUUUAAUGUUACAACUUAUACAUAAUAAAAAUUUACUUAACUGCCACAUUGACCACUCAGUUCAACUCGACUCCUGACCUGGGCCAAGUUGCAAUUUAAAACAUAAUAAAUGAGCAGCUUGAUAGAUGAACUGUUACAGAGUCACAUGCACGCUUUAUGGUUGUUCUCUUCUGUAAGUGACUAAUUUACCCCAUUGUUUUGGGUCAAAGGAGUCUACUGUAGUAGUCAUUAUAUGCAAGAUGAAACUUAAUUUUUCAGCUCUUCUAGAACCAAAUCUCAAUACUUCAAAUGCUUUAACUUGUCUUUUAAUGCAUUGUGUUGCACUUUGCCAAGUCAAUUAUUUUUUAUGUAAUUACAUAAAAUAAUUUUGGAAAAAUGUCUAUUAAUUUUAACUACUUGUUUACCUGUUACUUAGCUAUGUAAAAUCCAAAGGUCUGAGUAUACCGUCACCAACUGUUUUUAUUUGAUAAUUUCUUAUGUAAAAUAGCCAUUUAUAUGAUAAUCCCCUUAACACAUAAUUUGCAUAUAUAUUUUCAAAAUUGUUGUGAAGCUAUCUAUAUAUUUAAAAUGAUAACAUUGUAGCACA